CCGGACCACCAAGCUCCCCAGUGCUCCAAUAUCUCAAGUGCAUUUUCCUUAUGGUAAAAUGUGGACAGCAAUGCGGGGACGGGACAAGUCCGAGGAGGACCAAACGUGGAAAUUCCUUUCCUGACCACCUCCACUCCAUCCCUUGUGUAGCAUCCCGGGGCAGCCAUGACGACCGCCAUCCUGGAGCGUCUGAGCACCCUGUCCGUGAGCGGGCAGCAUCUGCGACGCCUGCCCAAGAUCCUGGAGGAUGGGCUGCCCAAGAUGCCCGGCACGGUCCCCGAGACCGACGUGCCCCAGCUCUUCCGGGAGCCUUACAUCCGCGCCGGGUACCGCCCCACCGGCCACGAGUGGCGCUACUAUUUCUUCAGCCUCUUUCAGAAACACAACGAGGUGGUCAACGUCUGGACCCACCUGCUGGCGGCGCUGGCCGUCCUCCUGCGGUUCUGGGCCUUCGUGGAGGCCGAGGGCCUGCCGUGGACCUCUGCCUACGCGCUGCCCCUGCUCGUCUACGUCCUGUCCUCCAUCACAUACCUCACCUUCAGCCUCCUGGCCCACCUGCUGCAGUCCAAGUCGGAGCUCUCGCACUACACCUUCUACUUCGUGGACUACGUGGGCGUGAGCGUUUAUCAGUACGGCAGCGCCCUGGUCCACUUCUUCUACACCUCCGACCAGGCCUGGUACGAGCACUUCUGGCUCCUCUUCCUGCCGGCCGCCGCCUUCUGUGGCUGGUUAUCGUGCGCCGGCUGCUGCUACGCUAAGUACCGGUACCGCAGGCCCUACCCGGUCAUGAGGAAGAUCUGCCAGGUGGUGCCCUCCGGGCUGGCCUACAUCCUGGACAUCAGCCCCGUGGUCCAUCGCGUGGUUCUCUGCCACCUGUCUGGCUGCCAGGACCCAGCGGCCUGGUACCAUACCCUCCAGAUCAUCUUUUUCCUGGUCAGUGCCUACUUCUUCUCCUGCCCGGUCCCGGAGAAGUACUUCCCUGGUUCCUGUGACAUCGUGGGCCACGGGCACCAGAUCUUCCACACCUUUCUGUCUGUCUGCACGCUCUCCCAGCUGGAGGCCAUCCUCCUGGACUACAAGGGGCGACAGGACAUCUACCUGCCACGCCACAGCCCCCUGUCCAUCUACCUGGCCUGCCUCUCCUUCUUCUUCGUGGUGGCCUGCAGUGCGGGCACUGCAGCCUUCUUGAGACAAAAAAUCAAGGCCAGACUGACCAAGAAAGAUUCCUGAGACUGCCUGGGGGGGCGCGGUGUGGAGGCGGCCUGUCGUGAUUUAGGGAGAACUUGAGCCUACAGUAGGAGGUGACUUUGUGUUUUUAAGAGCGGGCUUUUAAAUGAGUCCUAUAUUUCCUGGGGUGGCUAUGGCUAUGGCGUUGGGAAGCCGAAGGUUCCAAGAGUUUUGUUAUCACUGUCGUGAAUGAAAGGUUUAUCUUUCAUCCUCUGGGCUCUAGCCUUAAGAGAUACAGGAAGGGAAGGGACCUUGGCUAAGGUUCAUCGGACACUGAAUUAAGAAUCAUCUUCAUGCCUGAACAUUGAGUCGCAUUCUGACUGUGGCCUCCGGGGGCCAGCCCUGGACUAAAGGGAAAAUCUAAUGGGACUGAAAAAAUUACAAGGUGGCUGGACCACACUGUAUUGAAAUGGGCAUUCUUUUGCGAUGCUGGUCUUUGGUGAUUGGAUACUGGAUUCGUCUGACUUCUGGUCCCUUCUCUAGCCCGCUUUUCUCAGGAUGACGUCUGCCUGGCUGUUUUCUCCAGAGUGCUGUUCACUCCCAGCUGUUCCUUGCAUGGGCAUAGCGAGGAUGAUGAAGCAGCCAUGCUUCCCGGAAAUGCUUGGAUCCAGGCAGGCAUUCAGGAUAUUUACUCUCAUACAAUACUAAUGGAAACGGUACUAGAAAAUACAGUGCCAAGAGCCAUCAGGAGGCCCAGCCAGCAAGCAUGGCUACUGUUUGGUGUCAUGGGACCCUUCUGUUUUACCCCCGUGCACUGCAGGAUUACUUGACAUCUACUAGGGCUGCUUUACAUGCCAGAAGAUCUGGAGCUUUCUUCAGAGAAUCUUCUCCAGAUUUUGACCAGCAUGUUCAAAAAGCCCCUGGUAGAGUGAAUUGGUUCUAGGGAUCUGAUUGUUUCAAGCGGAACUCAAGGUCCAGCCUCUUAAAUAGAUGCUGCCCCAUGAAGGACCCUUGUAACUCUCCUAGUUCACGGUCCUCGGGAAAGCAUUGUACCUCAGCUUAGAGCAGCUUAAAUCAAGCCCCAGGACAGGCACGUGUGUAUACUCAUGCAAGGUUGGUCCCCAAAGGCUCCUUUGGGUGAGGCUGGUGAACUGGGCACCCUGUAGGCAGAAUGUUCUGCUGGGACAUCACUGCCCAGCAGCUUCUGUGGGAUGGGGGGUGGGGGUGGGAACUUACAGUUGAUGUGUCCUGGCUUCGCAGCCCCCUGAGGACUGCCUUCUGCAGUGAUCCAGGGAAGGGGGCUGCACUGAAACCCUCCCCCAAGACUGUAUUUCCUAUCAGUAUAAGGUCUCUGUUUACUAAAAAGGGAGGUGGCUUUUCACUCCAGUUUGAUGAACCUCCUCUCUUCCUAGGUUACUGUCUUCACAUCUUUUUUUUUUCCCCUUUCUCUUGAGAGAUGUGUAGGGUUUGUGCCUUAUAAAUGAAAAUUUACAAACACUUCACUUAAUACACGGACAAGUGGAAUUUUCAGCUUGAAGUUAUUGGGAUAAGAGAAUUCAUUGCCUUUCAACCGGUAGAUGAAAGAAAUUCAGAAUACUGGAAUCGCUUGUCCAUCAAAAGACUCUUUCAACCUGUGUUUUUUGGGGGGGAAAAGUUCAACUGAAGUUUUCCUGUAAUCUUUAUAUCAAGAAAGCAUAGCAGGACUCCCAUGGUGGUCCAGUGAUUAGGACUCUACACUUCCACUGCAGAGGGUGUGGGUUCAAUUCCUGGCUGGGGAACUAAGAUCCCACAUGCUGUGGGCGGCCAAAAAAAAAAAAAAAAGAAA